AAGUCGGAGGAGCGGCGGAGAGGAGAGGAAGAGAGGGAGAGACGAAGGCGAUGAUGUUAAACCCUAGCAAUGGCGGAAUCGAGGAAGAGAAGAUGAAGAUGAAGAUGAAGAAGGCGAAGGUGAUUGUGAUAAUGGGUCCAACAGGGUCUGGGAAAUCUAAGCUCGCCGUUGAUUUGGCGUCUCAUUUUCCGGUGGAGAUUAUUAACGCCGACGCAAUGCAGAUUUACUCUGGACUCGACGUUCUCACCAAUAAGGUCACCAUCAACGAGCAGAAAGGAGUGCCUCAUCAUUUACUUGGGACUGUGAGCUCAGAUAUGGAGUUCACAGCUAAAGAUUUUAGAGACUUCACUGUUCCUCUUAUUGAAGAGAUCGUUUCUCGCAAUCACAUUCCAGUUCUUGUUGGAGGAACAAAUUACUAUAUACAGGCUGUUGUGAGUAAAUUUCUUCUUGAUGAUACAGCAGCAGAAGAUACCGAGGAGUGUUGUUCAGAUGUUGCUUCAGUGGUUGAAAUUGGCUUGGGUGUCGAGUCUGUCUCUGGGAGAGAUGAUUUGAGCCAUGGCUAUGACCUUCUAAAAGAGCUUGAUCCUGUGGCAGCAAACAGAAUUCACCCUAAUAAUCACAGAAAAAUUAAUCAAUACCUGAGCUUGCAUGCUAGUAAAGGAGUUCUUCCAAGCAAACUUUAUCAGGGAAAGACUGCAGAGAACUGGGGCUGCAUCGAUGCCUCUCAUUUUGAUUACUGUUUGAUAUGCAUAGACGCUGAAACCCCGGUACUGGACAGAUACGUGGAACAAAGAGUCGAUUCCAUGGUAGAAGCUGGACUACUCGAUGAAGUAUAUGACAUCUAUAAACCGGGAGCCGACUAUACUAGAGGCUUAAGGCAAUCAAUAGGUGUCCGAGAGUUUGAAGAUUUUCUAAAAAUACAUCUCUCGGAGAGUCAGUUAACGAGCUCAAGCAAGGAUGAUAAGACUAUGAAGAAGAAUCUGAGGAAGAUUCUGAAUUUUCCUAAAGACGAUAAGUUGAGGAUUAUGUUAGAGGACGCUAUUGAUAGGGUGAAGUUAAAUACCAGAAGGCUUGUUCGUCGACAAAAAAGAAGACUGAGUAGGCUAGAAACGGUCUUUGGCUGGAAUAUUCAUUACAUUGAUGCAACAGAGUACAUAUUAAGCAAAUCUGAAGAGUCAUGGGAUGCACAAGUGAUUAAACCUGCUGCAGAGAUUCUCCGGUGUUUCCUGAUGAAAGAAACUGAUACGGGUAGCGAUAUAACAUCAGGAAAGUCGCUUGAAAGAGAUCUAUGGAGUCAAUACGUUUGCGAGGCUUGUGGAAACAAGGUACUAAGAGGAAGACACGAGUGGGAGCAACAUAAACAAGGCCGUACACAUCGUAAGAGAACCACUCGACUCAGAAAGUCCCAAACUUUCAAAAGUAGAGAGAAGCAAGAAGAAGAACCAAAAUAUCAAUGAGUGACUUUGAGAUGUUAAAAGUGAUGUCGUCGAUAUGAAUUAGAAUAUUCAAAACCCAUCCCAUCAAACACAUUACGAUUGGUUUUUGCAUGUCCGAAAAAUCUAAUGUCUAUUUCCCUAAUCA